ACGUGGUUACCACUUUUGGCGGGAAAGGCACUCGGAGGCGGCGUGUACAGCAGCGGCAUCUCCACCUCCACUCACUCGCCCCCCACGACCAGCAGCAGGACGAUGUCUUCUCCACCCUCCACCCCGCAGGGCAGGCGCGGCAAGCGCGGUCGCGAGGCUGCCGGCGACAGCAGCGUGCCCAGCACACCGGGCUCCGUGGGGGGGUCCCCGCCCCCCCUCCAGCGUGCCCGGCUCUUGGCCGCCGACGCCGUGGCGUCCCCGGGCUCCGCCGACCUCGUGCCGCUGCCCGCGUCCCCGCUGGUGGUCGGCGCCAGUGUGGGCAGCGUGGACAGCGCCGGCGCCCCGAGCCCCGCACGCACCUCGCUCUUCUCCAGCCCCGCGCCGCCCUCGCGCCAGCCCAGCACCAUAGGAGCGAGCGAGCCGUCUUCCCCGCUGUGCUACGGCACGCCGAGCUCGGGCCGCAGCGGCGCCCGCGGCACCCCCCGGCGCCAGCGCCCCGACCUCGGCUCCGCGCACAAACCCCGGCAGGUGGACCUGGCGGCCGUGGACCAGUCGGCGGAUGACUCGGUGGCGAGCGAGCAGUCGCUGGGACAGAAGCUCGUCAUCUGGGGCACGGACGUCAACGUCAACACCUGCAAGGACAAGUUCAAGCGCUUCCUGCUGCGCUUCGUGACAAGCGAGGAGCGCGAGGACGAGGACUGCCCCGGGGUCGACCUCGCGGCGCCCCUCUACAUGCAGCGCCUCGAGGAGGUGAGUGUGAUCGGGGAGCCUUUCCUGAACGUGAACCUGGAGCACCUGCGGCUCUUCGACGCCGACCUCUACCGCCAGCUCGUCAACUACCCCCAGGAAGUGAUUCCGACGCUGGACAUGGCGGCCAACGAGCUGUUUGUGGAGCGCCACGCGGACUCCGUGCUGGAGCACCAGCUGCAGGUGCGGCCCUACAACGCCGUGAAGACGCGCAACAUGCGCAACCUCAACCCCGAGGACAUCGACCAGCUGAUCACCAUCUCGGGGAUGGUGAUCCGCUCGUCGCAGCUCAUCCCCGAGAUGCAGGAGGCGGUGUUCCGCUGUCACGUGUGCGGCGCCGGCGCCCGCGUCGAGAUCGACCGUGGGCGCAUCGCCGAGCCGGCGCUCUGCCGCAACUGCAACACCACGCACAGCAUGGCGCUCAUACACAACCGCUCGCUCUUCUCCGACAAGCAGAUGAUCAAGCUGCAGGAGUCCCCGGACGACAUGCCGCCCGGGCAGACGCCGCACACCGUGGUGCUGUAUUCACACAACGACCUGGUGGACCGAGUGCAGCCCGGGGACCGCGUCAAUGUCACUGGCAUCUACCGCGCGGUGCCACUGCGUGUUCACCCGCGUGCGGGCAACGUGAAGUCCGUGUACAAGACCCACAUCGACGUGGUGAAUUUCAUCAAGACGGAUGCCAAGCGCCUCCGCGGCAUCGACGACGAGGAGCAGCACAAGGUGUUCUCUGCGGAGCGCGUGGAGGUCCUGAAGGAGCUGGCCUCCAAGCCGGACAUCUACGACCGUCUCUCCUCCGCUCUGGCGCCCAGCAUCUACGAGAACGACGACAUCAAGAAGGGGAUCCUGCUGCAGCUGUUUGGCGGCACCCGUAAAGACUUCAGUGGAACCGGCCGCGGGAAUUUCCGCGCGGAGAUCAACAUCCUCCUGUGCGGAGACCCGGGCACCAGCAAGUCCCAGCUGCUGCAGUACGUGCACGGGCUGGUGCCGCGGGGCCAGUACACGAGCGGCAAGGGCUCGAGCGCCGUGGGCCUCACGGCGUACGUCACGCGCGACCCCGAGACGCGCCAGACGGUGCUCCAGACGGGCGCCCUCGUGCUCAGCGACAACGGCGUCUGCUGCAUCGACGAGUUCGACAAGAUGAACGACAGCACGCGCUCCGUGCUGCACGAGGUCAUGGAGCAGCAGACGCUCUCCAUCGCCAAGGCGGGCAUCAUCUGCCAGCUGAACGCCCGCACCUCCAUCCUGGCGGCCGCCAACCCCGUGGAGUCGCAGUGGAACCACAAGAAGACGACGAUCGAGAACAUCCAGCUGCCUCACACGCUGCUCUCGCGGUUCGACCUCAUCUUCCUCAUCCUGGACCCGCAGGACGAGGCGUUUGACCGCCGCCUGGCACACCACCUCGUCUCGCUCUACUUCCAGUCGCAGGAGGAGGUGGACGAGGAGUUCCUGGACAUGGCGGUGCUGCGUGACUACAUCGCCUACUCGCGCCUCUACGUGCACCCCACACUCAGCGAGGAGGCCGGCCAGACGCUCAUCCAGGCCUACGUGGACAUGCGCAAGGUGGGCAGCGGCCACGGCUCCGUGUCGGCCUACCCACGUCAGCUGGAGAGCCUGAUUCGCCUGGCCGAGGCCCACGCCAAGGUGCGGUUGUCCCCGCGCGUCGAGAUGAUCGACGUGGAGGAGGCCAAGAGGCUGCACCGGGAGGCCCUGAAGCAGGCCGCGACGGACCCACGAACCGGCAUCGUGGACAUCUCCAUCUUCACCACGGGGAUGAGCGCCACUGCCCGCAAGCGCCGCGAGGAGCUGGUCCAGGCCCUCAAGAAGCUGAUCCAGGCCAAGGGCCGGGGCCCGGCUCUCAAGUACCAAGGCCUACUCGACGAACUCCGCACGCAGUCCGACAUGGCCGUGACGAAGGAGCUGUUUGAUGAGACGCUUCGGGCUCUGGCUGACGAGGACUUCCUCACCGUCACCGGCAAGACCGUCCGUCUGCUCUAAUUGCCUCCCUCCCUCUCUCCAUCCAUGCCUCUAUCCCUCCCUCCCUGCCUCCCUCCCUCCCUCCCACCAACCCUCCUUCCAUUGCUCUAUCCAUUCCUCCCUCUCUGCCUCCAUCCAUCCCUCCCUCUCUGCCUCCAUACAUCCCUCUCUCCCACCAUGACUCUCUCACUCUCCACAUCCCUCUAUCUCUCCCUCCAUCUCUCACUCUCCACAUCCCUGCAUCUCUCCCUCCAUCUCUCCUCCAUCUCUCCUUCAUCCCUCCCUCAUGCAACGCCUCCGCCACUGUCUGGUAGGCAGUGUCCAGUUGCCAGGGAACCAGCCCAGUUCCGUUCCAAGGUCACCAGCACCGGGACCCAGUCCUCCCGCACGCUGUGAGACACGAGGCUCCAUCACCUUUCACUUCCCUCCCUUGCCCCCUCAGGGCAGCAGCGGAGCGGCCGUGAAUACAAUCAAUAGAAGCGUCUAACGCUGGCGUCCCUUGGCUUCCGCUGUCCCGAGGCGAACUCGGAUUUUGUCAUUUUCCACCCUCUGUGUUUUUCCGGUGAAAAUGCGUUUCCCACAAGUUUGUACCGUGUGCGAGCGGAGCUGCUGAGCCCGCAACCCCCCUCUCAUUUAUGUUUCCGCGUUGACCACCCCCCCCCCCCCGUUGUUAAAGUCAACAGCUUGUGGCGGUUCAUACCUGGUUUGUCAGAUGGGAUCGUGUGGGCAUGAUGUCUAGUGUUUGACUCGAACCCUCCACCACCCGACAUCGCCAAUCCAGUCAAGCAAUAGUGGCGAGAUGUUAUCUCCCUCGCCUGUUGUGCAGGAGGUCGUGGGUUCGACCCUGACACCUGUAUAUUUGGAGUUUGCGUGUCUCUCCCCGUGGUCGCGUGAAUUUUCCUCCGGGUCCUCCGGUUUUACAUUCCACGUUUAGAAUCAACAUCACACGUUUAGAGUAUUUGGCUGCUAUAAAUUUCCACGCGACAAGCCACUUGGUUGAGCCGUCAUUUGUGAUCGCCAGGUCGCUUCUAAAAAAGAGCCACGUAGCUCAGUGGGCCUUACCUGGUCAAAUAAAAUGUUUAGUUGAGUAAGUUGUGGUUGUCGUUAAACAUUGACAUUAAACCUACACAAUCUAAUCCAAAAGACAUUGAUUAUGAAUCGUGAUGUUGGUAGACUGUUUUAAGACAAAGUGUGAGUUCGUGGUAAAUGGUGAGGUGUUAUUCGUGAGGUAAAUAAUGAGGCGUUAUUGGUAAACAAUGAGGCAAGAGGUAAGAAGUGAGGUGUUAGUUGUCGUGAGGUGUGUUAGUGGUAAAUGAUGCAGUGUGAGGUACAUUUUCACGAGUUAGUAAUUUUUGUAGUAAAUGAUGAGGCGUGUGAGGUAAAUGUUGAUGCGUUAGUAUUUUUCGUGCUAAAUAAUGAGGGGCGUGAGGUAAAUGGUGGUGUGUGUGAGGUAAAAGUUGAUGCGUUUAGUACAGAAUAGUGGCGUUAGGUGAUCGUUGUGACGUCGUGUGUCGUUACUCUGAGCCCUGCCUCGGUGUGGCCGACAGCCAGCAGCAGCAGCACUGCCAGUGUGUAACGCGCGCUCCACCAAGCCUCGAGUUUCCCUUCUUCAUGGCUGUGGUUUAUCGCACGCGUGUGUAAACGUAAUAAAGAUAACAAAGUUUGUCGCAGUG